AUGAGAGUCUAUGGAAAAGAUAUGCCCGAUAGCAAAGUGGUAGAGAAAAUUCUCCGCACCAUGCUGAUGAAGUAUGACCAUGUGGUAACUACGAUACUAGAGUCCCACGAUAUGGAUAUCAUGAUGAUUGCAGAGUUGCAAGGAACCAUGGAAAGUCACAUCAGUAGAAUACUGGAGAAGUCAGAAAAAUCAAUCGAGGAAGUCUUGAAAAGGCGAGUGAAUUUAAACAAUAUUGCAAAAUCAAGCCGUACGCAAGAAGGACGAGGUCGUGGUUUCAAUCUUCAAAGUAGAGGCAGAGGAAGUUUCAGAGGUAGAGGUCGUGGCAAUUACAACCAAGGAAGUUAUAAUAAUUUUACACCACCUAAUCAAGGAAGAGGUGGAACAAAUUUCAGGCCUGUCAACCGAGGAAGAGGUCGAGGCAAUUUUUAUCAAGAAAGAAUCAAUUUCAACUGCUUUUAUUGUGGAAAGUAUGGACACAAAGUAGCAGAUUGCAGAUUUAAAAUGGUGAAUAACAAUCAAGCACAUGUUGCAGAAAAUCAGCGUAAAAAUACUAAUGACAAUCCGGUACAAAGAUCCCUAUUGAAGGAAAAAGGGCACAUACCAAUUAGAUUGAAGGAUGGUUCUCUGAGUUAUAUUUCUGAUAUUUUCUAUGCUCCUGAACUUGAUUACAAUUUAUUGAGUAUGGGGCAAUUAUCUGAGAAGGGAUAUGUUCCGAGGGUUACCUGA